AUGUCGAACACAAAACCUAAAGCUUUGACUUCAACAUCGAAAGAGAUAGUUAACAACGUUGCUAACUACUUCGUGAAAGAAGCGAAAGAACCAUCUAACAUACCGCAAUACUCGUUCUUACAAAGGACAGCGGAGGCAACAGGUAUUAGUAGCAGAACUAUCAGCAGGAUCCGUAAAGAAUUUAAAGACUCGGGCUCCCUGACAUCGCCGAAGCGGACAUCCCCUAAGGAACUGAAGACGGUCGAUGAUUUUGACAGAUGUGCCAUACGCAAUAAGAUUUAUGAAUUUUACACAGUUAGGCACGAACUUCCAACUUUAACGAACUUGCACGAAGCUUUGAAGGAAGACAUUGACUUUAUCGGCAGUAAAAGUUUGUUAAGAAAGAUUAUCAGGGAACUUGGAUUUAGAUGGAAGAGAACGAACAGUCAGAGAAAGGUGUUAGUGGAAAAGCAAAGUGUGGUGGAGUUACGGCUGAAGUAUUACGCGAAGAAGAAACAACUUGAAGAAGCUGGCUAUGACUUCGUUUACAUUGAUGAGACUUGGGUAGACACAAGUCAUACAGCUAAGUAUUGCUGGCAGGCACCCGGCAUGGAUGGUGUUACAACACCUGUGAGCAAGGGGCAAAGACUGAUUAUUGUGCACGGUGGUUCAAAUGAGGGUUUUGUUCCAGGGGCGCUUCUUAUCUAUAAAGCGUCUAGCUCUUCUGGAGACUAUCAUCAUGAAAUGAAUGGGGAAAAUUUUUGUAAAUGGAUGCAAGAAAAAUUGUUACCAAAUAUUAAAAAGAAGAGUGCGAUUGUUAUGGACAAUGCAUCUUAUCACUCCGUUCAGUCCAGCAAAUGUCCUAAUUCUUCCACUCGGAAAGCAGAUAUACAGAAAUGGUUGACGGAGCACAAUAUACAGUAUGAUCCAGCCUUGCUUAGACCCCAGCUCCUGGCACUAGCUAAAAUGAAUAAACCCGAGCCAGCAUAUGUCAUUGAUGCCAUUGUCAGAGGAUAUGGGCAUGAAGUUCUAAGAUUGCCGCCGUAUCAUCCGGACCUUAACCCUAUUGAACUGAUAUGGAGUCAGGUGAAGAGCAUCAUCGCAUCCAGAAACCUUACAUAUAGGUCUGCUGACCUUGUUCAAAUAGCAAAUUCGGCAUUUGAAGAGAUAGGGGCUGAUCGCUGGAGGAGAGCCUGUGUCCAUGCUCAAAAAACAGAAAUAUCUUAUAGGGAGACAGAUAUUGUUGUUGAUGUUGCGAUGGACAAUCUGGUCAUUGACUUAGCUGAGGACAGUGAUAGUGACGAAACCGAGAGUGCUAGCGAGGGAGAAGAUUAG